AUGCCUCUUGACACCUCUACAACCUACCGCCUCACUCGCCUCCGUCUCGAUGGGAGAAGAUGGAACGAACUUCGUCUGAUAGAUGCCCAAAUAUCCACGAACCCAGCCAGCUCUGGAUCCUCUUACCUGGCCACGGGGAACACUGUUGUGGUGUGCAAUGUGCACGGCCCUGCGGAGGGGAAGCGGUCGGAAACAACAGGCGGAAGCGGCGGAGCAGUGGUUUCAGUGGUUGUCAACAUAGCUGGGUUUGCUGGAAUUGAUAGGAGGAAGAAGAGCAUGAUGGCUAGUGGAGGUGGAGGAAGUGAUAGCACGAUCUCGAUUCAUGUCUCCGUUCUUUCGUCUGAUGGUUCAAUUUUUGCCGCUUGUGUCAACGCUUGUACUCUUGCGCUUGUGGAUGCUGGCAUCCCCAUGCCCGGGCUCCUGUGCGCCUGCACCGUCGGGAUGAGCGGACGCGCCUCGACGCCCGCCGCAGAGCUAGCUCAAUCCUCGUCACGCGUUGGCGGAAUAAACGAGAGCCUAGAUCCACUGCUGGAUAUGUCUCAUCCGGAGGAAAUGGAAUUACCACACAUGACUGUUGCGAAUACGAAUCCCGUUGGGGGUGGUUCAGAGGCCGACGCCGAAGAAGCGCAGAUGCUGUCGAUCGUGCGGAUGGAGUCUGGGGUGCAUAUAUCGUAUUUAGAAACAAUGUUUGCAGUGGGGAUUGACGGGUGCAAGCAGAUGAGACAGAUAUUGAAUGGGGUGCUGAAAAGAGCUGGGAAGAAGGUGCUAGAGGUUGAGGCUGGUCAUUCGGCCGGCAUGGAUAUCGAGCCCUGA